CACUUCCCAUAUUCACUUCCCUCCCUUCACUUCCUCGUGACCAUCAAUAAAUAUCAUCAAAUCCCCAACUCACACCCUCCCCUUCCCGCCACUAUAAAUAUGAAUCUCCAACGGUCACUUAACCACUCACUCAUCCACAAUGAACACUCUAACUUACUUAGCAACAUUGGCAUCACUAAUAAUCCUCCUAGCACCACCAAAAUCCACUGCAGACUUCACCAUCGUCAUGCCGGACUCUUCCACACUCCUCAACAACCCUCAAACCAUCUUCUCCAAUCAAGCUCGAACCGAUCCAGCCGAACAACAAGCCGUCUAUGACAUCAUGGAGGCGACCGGCAACGGUUGGGCCAAGUCCAUCCCUGAUGUUUGCCGGGGAAGGUGGCACGGCAUCGAAUGCAUGCCGGACUGUAACCACAUUUACCACAUUGUUUCCCUUUCUUUCGGUGCCCUCUCCGACGACACUGCCUUCCCGACAUGUGAUGCUAAAACCUCAACCUUAUCGCCAUCCCUUCUCCGUCUUCCUCACCUUAGGACCCUCUUCUUCUACCGUUGUCUCACCAGCAACCCACAGCCGUUACCAGCAUUCUUAGGCCAGUUAAGCCCCGGCAUUCGCACACUAGUUCUCAGGGAAAAUGGUCAUGUAGGACGCAUUCCUUCUGAACUUGGUAACUUGACAUCACUCAAGAUUUUAGAUCUCCAUGGCAACAAUCUUGGCUCCACCAUUCCUAAAUCUAUUAAGCAAUUAUCAAGCCUACAAUUAUUAGACUUGAGCAAUAACCAACUCACCGGAGAGAUCCCGGAGAUGAGCUUCUCUGGACUCACUGCUUUAGACCUUAGCCAUAACCUUUUUCAAGGCCAGAUACCAAGUAGCAUUAGUAAAUGUGAAUCACUUGUCAAGCUAGACAUGAGCAGGAAUCACCUUACUGGAUCUAUCCCAGAGAAUCUCAGUAACCUCAAGAACUUGAUUCUUCUUGAUCUCAGCCAUAACUGGCUCUCCGGCCCUCUUCCCAACUCCUUCGGCAGCUUAUCGUCUCUCCGGGCACUAGUCCUAACUGGUAACUCAAUGAACUCAACCUUAAUACCAAAAGACUGGUUUCUAGGACUGAAGGAUUUAGAAACAUUAGUGCUGUCCAACAUGGGACUUGGAGGAGCCAUACCUGAGUCAAUGGGGAGGUUAAAGAGUAUCAGAGUAUUGCAUUUAGAUGGCAAUGAACUGAAUGGUUACAUCCCUCAGAGCUUUAUCAACUUGAACAUGCUGAGUGAAUUGAGGAUGAAUGAUAACAGGUUGAAAGGUCCCAUUCCUUUCAGAAGAGAGAUGUUGUGGAGAAUGGGGAGAAAGCUGAGACUUUAUAACAACUCAGGGUUGUGUUAUGAUGUUAAUGGUGGGAGAGAACAUGAAGGUGUGGAUUCCUUGUUUGGUAUUAGUUAUUGUGGGGCUACAACCAGUGGAGGAGGAGAAGGUGUGAAGGAUAAAGAUGCAUUGAGUGCUGGAAAGAGUGGACAGAAGGCAAGGCAUCUUUGGAUGUCUGGUGUUGCUGCUGCUGAUGGUGAACAGAGAAGUCAUGAUUCAAGCUCAUCUGCACCAGCUCAUAACUAUUUUGUUCAGAUGUUUGUCUUGAUGUGUGGUUUGCAACUCUCUGUUUUUUCAUUGUUUCAAUCUUUUUCUUGAAUUUCUUCAAAUGGUGUCAUAA